CAUUUCACAAAUUUUUUUGCGCACUCCAAUGACCUGGAGGGAGAACAACAUCCAUGCGCCAAAAUGGGGAUUGACGACCAUUGGAGUUUUAGCGACGCCGACUACCAUCAGACUAUACUCGAGAAACCAGCACCCGAUUUUCCAAAACCAGCGAAUGGUGUUGCGCAAUCAGAAAUUUUAAAUAGCAAUUUGCUUCACUCCAGUACAGAUGAUCUCCCAGAUUUCGAAGCUCUGACGAAAACUUUAGUGUUAACUAGUGAAGACGAUACGUUUUGGUGGCAUGCGACCGCAUAUCCCUUCUACCAGCUCAUCGUGCAAAAUGGAUACGAGAGUGAACAGUGUCGUUCAUUGCUCCGCUGGUAUGCAGCGUUCAUUAUCCCAGCGCUAGGUCCACGCCCAAUUCAGGGCGUGAAACCCCUUUUCCAGCCGUGCCCUGUUCCAGAUGGCUCAUCAGUGGAACAUAGCCUGAACUGGAAGGAAAAAUCGUCGAAAAGGCUUGUACGAUUCACAAUAGAAGCGACCGGCCGCAGCGCUGGAACGACUCUCGAUCCAUUCAAUCAGGACGAAGCCGUGACGUUACUCUCUAAACUCCAACGCUUUGGAAAGAUGCCAAAUCUCGACCUGGGUCAGUUUGAUAUUUGGAAAAAUAGAUUCUUCAUCGAUGCCCAGACUGCUCCAGUCCUUCUACCAAAGCUCCCGUCUGGUUUGCCACUAUCACAAAUCUGGGUAGCUUUCGAUUUUCCUCAUAGCCACGAACCCAUGGCAAAAGUAUACUUCAUGCCAUCUCUUUCAAGUAUGGUCUCUGGCAUACCAAACUAUCGUCUUGUCUUCGAAACAGCUAGAAGAUGCAAUGGACGACACGGAAACUACGACACCGCAAUAGGUGUACUUGAUACCUACCUUACCGCGUAUCCUACGGAGCCAGUGAUUAUGGCAGCUUUGGACUGUGUAGAUUCACCAGAUUCUCGCAUUAAAGUGUAUGUCCAGACAAGUGCCAAUACCUUCAACAGCGCGAAACGCGUACUUACGCUCAACGGAAAACGUUCUGGAGAGACUGUUCAAAAGGGCCUCGAGGCGUUGGGUGAACUGUGGUCCAUUAUUUUUGGGCCGGAUAAAACGAACGAUGGGGAUUCAACCGUGUUUUCUUCGGGAGUGUACUGUGGUUUGGCAGUUGAGCUGAAGGCAGACCAGGAUUUGCCUGAGACGAAAUUACAUCUACCCGUACGGAACAUGGAAGGAACCGAUGCCGACCUCUGCCAUCUUUUGUCUACAUGGUUCCAAAAACGUGGUCAUGGAACUUUCGGGGCAGGGAUACAAACCAACCUGGCCAGAGCAUUUCCACAUCAUGACUUGAAUGGACCGCGCGGUACAUAUACCUUUGUGUCCUUCUCAUACUCCGCUGAAACUGGCGUAUACAUGACUAUGUACUACUCGACUCGCAUAUUUGACUCCCACCUCGGAGUCAAAAAGGAAAACUUCUGGCAAGGAUACGACAGCUUGUGGGGAAAAUGGUCUCACGACCAGAAAAUGUAA